GCAGUGAGUUCCCUUGGGAGAGCUGGGCUCAGGGGAGUUAAGCCCAACUUCACACAUCAAGGGUCUUUUCUCCCCCCCAACAAAUCAGAAACGCUCAAGCAAACAAGAACCUUGUCUGAAGGGCCUUGCUACUUUUUAAGUCAUACGUCAGGAGAUACAGAGGAAGCUUUGUGUUUUCCGUGACAAAACCAGCAAGUUCAGCUUGCGGCAUGAGUUGCAGGCAAUUGGAAGAGGAUAAACCUCUGUUUCCCCAGCUCACGUGUCAUUGGGAUUCUUCAGAGCAGGAGGAGGGCCCCAGGGUCAAGUUGGUGUGUACCUGCCGUGUUGCUCUGCAGCAGGCAGCAGAGAUUUGAAUCUUCAUUGCAAAUUGCUGCCGGCCCAGAUGUUAACUCAGGUUUUCGGAAAGAGCUGCUUGACAGAUUGCCGCUGUGCCUGUGCUGCAGAUCCCGUGUGCUCGAAUGUCUGGGUUACUUGUCUGAAGGGAAAUAAAGAGGGCAAAACACUCCACUUCUCAAAAGUCUUCCUUUUUCUGAGCUUUCCUGAACACAGAAGGCAUUUUUCCCAAUAUGGUUUUCCUUUUAAUAUAGACAAGAAAGUCAUAGCUUUGGUGUGUGCUCUCAAGAUACAAAGGAGAACUUUGCUAGUGUUCCGUUGAGAUUGUAUACACACUUCGUGGUCCCAUAGCAGUGCAUGUGUGGGAUGCAACUGAUGGGAUGUAGUUACUAUCUGAUGUUUCUCAAAAGCUCCCAUGUGCACUCUGGGUCUUGCCUGUGUUCCUAGGUAAAAUGCCAGAUUGUCACAGAAACUACAAGCACACAUUCCAGCGAAUGACUCCUAGGGAGCAGGGACUUGACACCAACCCUGUAGCCUGAGUUGGAUCCCCAGGAUCAACACAGUGGGAGGAGAGAACUGACUCCCAUAGCUAUCCUCUAAAUUCCACAUCUGUGCGCCGUGGCGCCCCUCUAGAGGGAGGGAGCGAAAAUGUCAUUUUAAAACUAAGCUACAGGUUGGGGAUUUAGCUCAGUGGUAGAGCACUUGCCUAGCAAGCACAAGGCCCUGGGUUCGGUCCCCAGCUCCAAAAAAAAGAAGAAAAAAAAAAAAAAGAAAAAAAAAAAAGAAAAAAAGAAAAACUAAGCUACAUUCCCUACGUGGACUAAGCUUAGUUGUCCAAUGAAACCUAACUGUGCAGCUUUACUGGCCCUGAGAGCUGGGGAUGUACCUGACUCCAUGAGCUCUUGCACAUGAUGUGUAGCUGUCCUGCUUUUGGAUGGGGCCACCUGUGUGCUUUGUGUUUUUAUUUUCACUUGGACAUGAAGGGGAGGUGUUUUCUAGCUGUCAAAAAUAUGUUCCGUGCAUAUACUCUGCAGAGUUCACACUGACACUGCAAGCAAGACAAUGAUUGUAAUUUCAGCUGAAUCUUUGUCCAUUCUUGGCUGUACAUUGGAGUUAAACAGCACAAGUGCAUCUUUGCCACAGAUGUCACAUGCAUGCCUAGCCAUUCAUGAGUGUCACUGUGCAAGAAGGCACAUCAUAUUAUUCUGUUUCUUCUAAUGCCAUCAUGCCUGUGACUGACCGCAAGUAUGGCUCAGCUGGUAGAGGGUUUGCCUUGAGUGUAAGCUCUGGGUUCAAUCCCCAGCUCCACAUAAACUGUGUGGUGAUGCAUCCCGUGCGAUACAUCCCGUAAUCUGGUCAUCUGAGAUUUAGAGGCAAAAAAGUUCAAGGUCAUUAUCAUCAUCAGAUAUUAGUGGAUUCAAGGCUAGCCUAGGAUAUACUAGAAUUUGUCUCAAAAUAAGAAAAUAAAGAAGGAUUAUGGCUUGCAGGUAAAUGCUGCAUUGGUUGACUUAUAGGUCCGUGUCAGUGGCCUGGAAGACACAAUUCUUAAAACUUAAAAGUUUCCCAUGUCGUGUCUGCUUCCAUCAGGCCAUGUCUAACUGUGGUGACUUGUGGAAUCAGGGCAUUCCCACCUCUGUUCCUAACUCAGGCUCUCUAUAAACAUAGUGAGGUAGCAAGAGUGUGCAUAUAGUGGUCAGAGGUACCAAGUCUCAGAUCAGAGUUGUAGUUGCCAAUGACUUGAAAGAGGAAACGUGUCCAAUUUCCAAAGAAUUCUAGUGUGUAUUUUUCUCAAAUAUGGUUAAAGGGUAUGGAUUUAUAACUACGAAGACAUUAACCCCUCUAGAAAAAUUCUCUCCCAGUAAUGCUCGUGAACUCUGGUUAGUUGUCAGCUAGGUUUUUUACAGACUGGACAUGAAAAGAACGUACACACACACUUUAUAAAAUAGCCACUCUUGUUUCUGUUAUGAAUUGAAAGGACAUUUUAUUUUUAUCCUAAUAAUGAUAUUUAGUCAGAUGCUUCUCACAUUUCUAGUUGAUCGUUAAUAUUCAACAUUGCAGCUUUGGAAAAAUCAACUCACUGUUUUGCAAUCCAGUAUAACCAAUUCAUGAACACUAAAUUAAAGGGUUUACUUUCGUCCCAAACCUGAAAUGUGGCUCCAUAGUGUCAUGUAUAAGGGGAAGUAGCCUACUCUCUUCUAUUGCUGUGAAGAGGUGCCGUGGCCAGGGCAGCUCUUAGGAAAGAAAGCAUUUAAUCGUGGGUAGGGGAGGGGUGCUUUUUAUCUUGGCAGGGGACAUGGCAGCACAUAUAAGCUACAUCGUGAUCCACAGGCCGAGAGACUCUGGGCAAGGCAUGGGCUUUUGAAACAUCUAAGCCCAUCCCCAGUGACACACUUCCUCCAAGAAGGUCACAUCUCCUAGUCCUUAUAGUUCUUAUAUGCCAUAGCCCCUUGAUGACUAAGCAUUCAGAUAUAUGUCCCUGGGAGCCGUUCUCAUUCAAAUCACCACAGGGAGGAAUAAUAUUUUUCCUUUUCACCAGUAGCUUCUCCCAAGUAAACAAACAUAUAAGCAGCAUUAGAGAGAGCCCUUCAGAUAAUCUCCCUACCAGAUAAAUAAACAUGCAGCCACCUUGAUGCACCUCAGAACUAAGCUUCAAACUGAGAGUGCUUGAUGGCUAGUGACUUGAUUAGCAGUUUUUCUUGUGAUGAAUGACUGGGUUCUUUGGCAUCUUGUUUAGCAUGAUCAAGUUCUGUACGUUUAUAUACAAAUAAGCAUUUGUUUCAGGAUGCUCAUAUUUGGUAAAAAUUUGUUCUAAGGCCCUACCUAAAACCUGAAUAAAGAAGCCCAAAUUUUUACCUUUAAAAAACAAAACAAAUGGAUCAAGACAAGGUAAACACUAAAAUAAAGCGGUGCUGUUUUGGUUAGUACCCUACCCGUGCCUUGGUUUCUGGACAUACUAGCAGAACAGCAGUGGAAUGCAGGGCAGAUCAGAUUAAUCUGGAAGGACAGUGAUUUCUGACUCAGUCCCUUGGGCACAUGCAUUCAGCCAAAUCCUUGGAGUAAUUGCAGUCAGCAGUUGAGCUGCUUUCACUGGGAGGCCUUAUCCUGUGCCCCAGCACAGGGUUGCACUGUUCUAGGAGUAAGGCUUGACACUGAACUGAUGAACAGACAUUCCUUUUAAGAUACGCCUUUACGUCAUUAUGUUGUCUACUUUAAAACAAAAAUUAUUUUUAGAUGUGUUGACAAGAUCUUCAUAACACUUGUUUUGCUGGACUUUAACCCUGAGUGUCAAAACACCUAUGUUUGGGGGUUUUCACAGAAUUAUCACUUCUUUGGAAGACUACAGUUCUGCUGGGCUUGCUCUUGUUAAGUAAUGUGUCUCCCUAAUGACUCUAGCUAUCAAGGUAUGAGUGAUUCUGACACUGUUUGCCUGGCCAAGCAGGAAGUCUGCAUGGGGGAUCCGUACUCAGAGUCCUUAGUGUACAACCUUGGACUGCUUCCUUAGACCACGGUAGUGCACUGCUCACUAAGCCAGGUUGUUCAUGGCUGGUAAACAGCACAGCAUCAGUGUGCUCUCAGUGACUGAGGUAGAAUUCUCAUGGCCCAGAUCUUUGAGGUUGCCGCUUUCAGUCUACUUUGAAAACCAAGUCUUAGAGCACACCCCUGUGCCAGUUUGGCCUCCAAGUACUGUUUCCUAAACCUUCCCAUAUGAUCUGAAGAAAACACAGAAUUACUUUGAUCACACCAGAUCUUCAGAGGACUUUCCUCCUUAUAACUGUGAAGGGUGUUGAACACAGUAUCUCUCCGCUGAAGCCACUGGGGAUUAGCUUAUCACAAAUAACCCGGCUCUGGACAACGUCCUGUGUGACCUGGGGUGCUCUCACCAUAUCCACGUGCCUUUAAUUUCUUCGAUAACUGCUUGUUUCUGUGGUAUGAGAUUGUCCCAGCUUCAGUGGCCUCACAGUGGAAGACGCUGGACUGUGAUUUACCUCUUGUCUUACACCUGAAGAAAGUCAUCAGCUCAGAAGAAGAGCCACGUCUAGCAGCAGAGAAGUCAACAGCUUCCCAGGGGAAAGCUUGAGCACUCAGAGACCUCGCAUCUCCAAGUAGCCAUCUCAUUGCACCCUGUUUGCUACCUGCAUUGAUAGUUCUCCAGGGCCUUUGUGCUUCACCACAUCCAGCCAUUAGAGAAUGGUCUUUGUGGGCAGAAUCUGUGAUGGGAAUUUGAAGAGCUGAUGAAGGAUUUUUCUCAGGGUCAAAUGAAGGUUGACCCUCUCAAGGACAAUACCGCAGUGGACACAGUAAAAGGAGUGAGUAACAGAAAAGAAGGAAGACAGGGCCUUUCUGCUGAACCUUCCAUACAGUCAAAGCCAAGGAACACGACUGGAUCUAACAUUUGAAGAUUGCUGAAAAACAGCACGAGUCUGUCUCAGGCUCUUAAGCCAUCUGGCAUGCUUUCUGUAUGCUUUCAAAUGCCUAGUGCCCUCCAAGCAGUGUUAGUCCCCAGCAAAGGAAGCCUGUCACCCAGAAACAUGUCACUGCCUGCUGAGCCAUGGUUUUCCCCUCAACACCCUCACCUUACGUCUAAAAUGUUCUCCGGUGAUUUGAUUCUCUGUUGUUUUUUUUUUUUUUUUUAAAAAAAAAAAAAAAAAAAAAGAACACUGGCCUCCUCUUCUCCCUCCCUAUGAAUAGAUCAAGAACAUGGAGCAAAAUUGUGUGCUGACCGUGUGCUUCCCUCUGGCCUUUGGUGCUCGUGUUUACCUGUCGUGUUCUGUUCCUUCUUGGUGUCUAAUGGUGUGCUACGUGACUCAGUGCUGUUUUGGCUUUCCUCUGUAAAAGACCUCUGGGUACCCUGCAGUGAUCCUGUGAACUCUCUGUGUUCCAGAAACUUGCUUGUAACCUACCAUAUGAGGUCAAGCUCCUCUAGGAGGUUUGUCCUCCUGCCUUUGGGUGCUGGUCACAGCAUUAUCCUUUUAUUAACUGUGUUAAUGGUGGGAUGAGAAACAGUGCUGUUGCUCUGAGAACUUUGUUUUUCAGGUCCUAAAGUGACUCUAAAAGGGUUUUUGGUUUUGUUUUGUUUUUGUCUCUAGAAGAACAACAGUCUGCCAUAUUGUUCAUUUGGAGGAAGGAGAAUGUUUUGCCUUUUUGUUUUUGCUAAUUACUGUCUUUACCACCACAUGCCUUUGCCUCCAUCCGUUCUCCUUUGUGAAUGUUGCCCUUUCUGUAUUUUUAUCCAGAAGAGAAUUAUUAGCUUUGUUGCCCAUGGACCUCAGAGUCUUUGAGGGAAGGGAAAAGAAGGUUGUGCCAUACAAGAAGUAUGGACCUAGGCUGUGAAAACAGGGUUGUUAAUGGUCGACCUGCAAAGGCAAACUCUACCAGGGAUCCCUAUAGCUUUGGAGAUAGUCGAGAUACAAGGCGUGAUCGCUCUCCAAUUCGAGGAAGUCCAAGGAGAGAACCCAGGGAUGGCAGAAAUGGCCGGGAUACCCGGGAUAGAGACAUUCGAGACCCUCGGGAGUUGCGGGACCGCAGAGACAGCAGGGACAUUCGGGAUCACAGAGACAGCAGAAGUGUACGUGAAGCCCGGGACCUGAGGGAUUUUCGGGACUUUCGUGAUCUAAGAGACUCUAGAGAUUUUCGAGAUCAUCGAGACCCCGUGUAUGACAGAUACAGAGAAAUAAGAGACUCCAGAGACCCUUUGUACAGGAGAGAAGGCUCUUAUGACCGGUAUCUGAGGGUGGAUGACUAUUGCCGGAGAAAGGAUGACUCUUACUUUGACCGGUACAGAGACAGCUUUGAUGGACGGGGCCCUCCUGGCCCAGAGAGCCAGUCUCGUGCAAAAGAGCGUUUGAAACGUGAGGAACGACGUAGAGAGGAGCUUUAUCGUCGGUAUUUUGAGGAGAUCCAGCGGCGCUUUGAUGCUGAGAGGCCUGUGGAUUGCUCUGUUAUCGUGGUCAACAAACAGACGAAAGAUUAUGCGGAGUCUGUGGGGAGGAAGGUGCGAGACCUGGGCAUGGUUGUGGACCUGAUCUUCCUCAACACAGAGGUGUCCCUCUCACAAGCACUGGAGGAUGUCAGCAGGGGAGGGUCUCCCUUUGCCAUUGUCAUCACCCAGCAGCACCAGAUUCACCGUUCCUGCACAGUCAACAUCAUGUUCGGAACUCCACAAGAGCAUCGAAACAUGCCCCAGGCAGACGCCAUGGUGCUGGUGGCCAGGAACUAUGAGCGCUACAAGAACGACUGUCGAGAAAAGGAGCGCGAGGAGAUCGCCCGACAGGCGGCCAAGAUGGCUAAUGACGCCAUCCUCCAGGAAAGAGACCGUGGAGGCCCGGAGGAGGGGGGUCGCGGGGGGCACCCUCCAGCUAUCCAGAGCCUCAUCAACCUCCUGGCAGAUAACAGAUACCUCACUGCAGAGGAGACUGACAAGAUCAUCAACUACCUGCGAGAGCGGAAGGAGCGGCUCCUGAGGAGCAGCGCCGACUCUCUGCCUGGUGAGCUACGUGGCAGGGCCGAGGCCCGAUUUCCCGCCAGCCACUCGGGGCGGCCUCGGGUUCCUCGCUGAAGACACAACCAAGUUCCCAACCGCUUCAGAGCGGCCAAGUGCUCCCUUCUGCUACACCCACUCCAGCCGCACCCCCCACCUCCCAGCAAGAGCUUCAGGCCAAAAUCCUCAGCCUAUUCAAUAGUGGCGCGGUGGCGGCCAACAGCAGCUCUGCAUCCCCCUCAGUGGCUACCGGAAGUUCCCAGAACCAGAAUUUUUCCACAGCAGCAAACAGUCAGCCUCAGCAAAGACCACAGGCCUCAGGAAAUCAGCCUCCAAACAUUGUGGGACAGGCAGGGUCUGCUCGGAACAUGGGCCCUAGGCCUGGGGCUCCUUCCCAAGGGCUCUUUGGUCAGCCUUCCAGUCGCCUGGCACCUGCCAGCAACAUGGCUAGCCAGAGGCCUGUAUCUUCCACAGGUAUUAACUUUGACAAUCCAAGUGUACAGAAGGCUCUGGACACCCUGAUUCAGAGUGGCCCUGCCCUUUCCCACCUGGUUAGCCAAACUGCAGCACAGGUGGGGCGGCCGCAGGCCCCCAUGGGAUCUUACCAGAGGCAUUACUGAGGCUACGCUGGUCCAAUGUCCCUAGUCCCCCCUUCUCUGGCCCCUCCCACUUCAUCGUAAGUAGCGUUGUUUGGAAGUGUUCAUCACACUUUCCAGGUCAGCAUCAGAUAUCCUAAGUUUCUCUCACCACUCCUUCCGGCGGCUGUUGCUUAUCACUUAACAGAAUCAGAACUUAGACUGCAUCCGGGGCUGGAUCUUUUGUUUGGGUAGAAGAUAAGUAGGCUCGGCUUCUGUCUGGGAUUGCGCUGGCACCUACCUGGCAAAUUUGGAGGAAAGAAGGAAGAAGCCAGGCCCAGCUGCCCCAGUUGAGAGCACCAUUUCUGGAGCCAGUGGUCACCACCUUAGUUCCACCUCCACAUCAGCCAGAGCUGGGCUCCUGCCUGGCUCACAGUAAAGCCAGGUGGCCUUGGCAGGCAGUGUCAUCAUUGUCCCAUCAGAGAAUGAGACUCCAAGGACUCAAGAGUGAUUUCUCUGGACUGUCAAAGAGCCACAAGGCAGCCAGAGAAGAGAGGACUCUUGUGCCUGCGGCAGAGUGGUCCCUUGAAGUUGGUUUGGUUUCAUAGUUUUCCAUUUUCUUGGAAGGCCUCUAGACAACUGAACAGCUCUCUCAGCACUUUGACAUGAACUGUGACUCUGGGCCCCACUGCUCUCUACAGCGUUAGCCAUGCCGUUCUCUCCAGCCGCACCUCAUGCAGGCAGCACUGGGGCAGCUUCAGGCGCUGAAGCCGGACACCUGUGCUGUCAGUGAUUCAUUCUGAGCCCCAGGCUUUCAUUUUCAUCUAGACUCGUGUACUGUUUCUGAUGAGCAGGAGACAGGGACCAUUUGAUGUUAGAGUGGCAGUUGGAUAUGUCCUCAUACAGAAGAGCAUUCGUAACUUUUGAGACAGGGUGAUACUUCGGGAAGGGUUCUGGCCGCUGCCCUGAGUGGAGCCAAAGGAAGAGGCACUUUCUCCUUUGGGGAAGACUGCGCAUUAGAACCCUGGGGAUCGAGUCUGGGGGAGAACAAGGCCUGACCAGGCAGCAAGAGCGCUAACUCCAGUGCGUCCCUGCCAGGGGCCGAGCACACCAGUCCAGAAGCCCAGCCCCGGGCGGCAGUUUACGUUCUGAUCUGUUUGUGUUCCACGGUGGGUUUCCUCCCUCUUUGAAACUCUUGUGUUGUUGAUAAAAUGAAAUAAUUACUUUUUAAUUAAAAUGAAAAACCAGA